CAACUUGCAAGCGCCCAUAAACAAGACUCAAAGUUGUGAAUCGUCGCACGUCGCAACACCACACGGUCGCAGCUGCCUGCUCCGCUCCCAGCUGCUGCCGGCCCCGCCCCAAUUUCAGUCUCCGGGCUGUACCGCAGACUGGACAAUCUCGCGUAAUACCGGGAGCUGCGGCAAUUUGGAUGACGGCAACAGCGCGCGCAACAGCACGCUAGCACAGCUAGCGGCCGCUCGUCCGCUCUUCGCGCGCGGGUGGCUCGCGCUCCUGCAGCAAGCAGCGCAGUCGCCGCCAGCCUCGCCCGCUCGCCCCCUCUUCCCGUCCCCCCCCCACACACACACACCCCAACACCCCUUCAAUCUGCCAGAGCCCCGCCACGUGCACAGCUGCUCCGGCACGGGGCGCCGGCAGCAGCAGCGCCAACAGUUUCCUUACGGGAUUGGUUCAACGUUUACCCCACCCCCAGCUCGACAGGAAACGUCAGCUCACCCGCCCAAUCCACAUGACAGCCGGGGCCUCCUGUACCGCCCCAGCGGCGCACGCCCCAUCCGGCCCCCAGCCCCCCGGACCCUCCGUCUGCCUCGCGAGCAGUAGCAGUAGCAACAGCAACCGCACUGGCAUUAGCUGCAGCAGGGGCCGUAGCAGCAGCGCUAGCGGGGUGUGGGCGUGGGGCUUGGGGCCAAGGCGACCGCACGUGCUGCUCCUGGCGGGGGUGGGCGCAGCGGGGGCGGCGGCCACCUUCCCCGCGGCAACGCCAUCCACGGCAGCUGCGGCAUCAGCGGCAGGCCAGAUGCUCCGGGCUCUGGCCACCCUGCAUGGAGCAGGCUCGGCAGGGCUCGGCAGUAGCAUUGGGGGCGGCAGUAGCAUAGGGGGCGGCAGCAGUAGCCGCAGCCGAUUCCUUUGGGCGGCGCUGUCGGCACUCGACAGCGCUUCUGCUGCUACUGCUACCGCUGCUGCUACUGCGGCUGCUGCUGCUGCCAGAGGCUGCGGCGCCAGGGCUCUUGCCACCAGCAGGGGCUUCAGCAGCACGGGCAACAGCAGCAGCACUGGCGUCAGCGGCAGUAGCAGCGGUAGCGGCAGCAAGGGAGGUCAGCGCCAGCCGCCGCCGCCGCCGCUGCCGCUGGUGGCGGAGGUGCCGGUGGUCAUCUGCGGUGCGGGCCCCACCGGGCUUACUCUGUCGCUGCUGCUGGCCAAGUACGGCGUUCGCCACCUGGUCCUGGAGCGGGGGCGCGGCCCCACGCAGCACCCGCAGGCGCACUUCAUCAAUAACCGCACCAUGGAGCGCCAGGACCAGGCGGCGGCUGUAGCAGCAGCAGCGGGUGCGCAGGCGGCUGUAGCAGCUGGCCAGAAGGCGGCUGCAGCGGUGGCAAGACCGGCUGUAGCAGGGGUGGCUGAAGGCGACAGCGGAGGCGACGGGCCGCUGAUUACCGUGUUGGGGCGAGGGCCGGGGGAACCCGGCAGUAGCAGCGCCGACGGCAGUAGCAGCGGGGCGGCGGCGGUGGGUCCGGGUCGGUCGGUGAGCUGGGGCGCGGCGCUUCGUGCCGUGCGCAUCCUGCCGCCGCCGCCACCACACACCGCCGGAGACCCGCCGCCGCAGGCGCCGCAGGUGGAGAUAGAGGUGGACCUGAGCGGCAGUAGCACCCGUCCCAGCAGUGGCAGUGGCAGUAGCAGCAGCAGCAUUGGCAGUGGCAGUAGCAGUGGCAGUAGCAGCAGUGCCGAGCCGCAUCAGGCGGUGCGUGUGCGGUGUCGGUACCUUGUGGCGGCGGACGGCGCACACAGCGGCGUGAGGCAGGCGCUGGGAGGGCGGCUUGAGGGCGAGGGCCCGCUGCAGCACUUGAUCAACGCCCACUUCACAUCCGCCGGCCUGGGCCAACUGGCGGCCGCAGCCGCCUCCUCCUCCUCCCCCUCCUCCUCCCCCACAUCCUCCCCCUCCUCCACCCCCUCUGCCUCCUCCUCCUCCUCCUCAUCCCCCUCCUCCCAACGGGCGGGUCCCGCCAUGCUCUACUUUGUGUUCAACUCUGAGGCGGUGGUGGUGCUGGUGGCUCACGACAUUGAUGCGGGGGAGUUCGUGGCGCAGAUCCCCUACUUCCCGCCGCUGCAGUCGCCCGCCGACUUCCCGCCGGAGCGGGUGGCGGACCUGAUCCGCGCGGCGGCAGGCAGGCUGCCGGGCGGGCGGGAGGUGGAUGUGCGGCUGCACGAGGUGCGCCCCUGGGCCAUGACCGCCGAGGUGGCGGACAGGUUCGCCUUUGGCGGCAGUAGCAGUAGCGGCAGCAGUAGCAGUAGCGGCAGCGGCAGUGCUACAGCCGCGGCCGCCGCCGCCCACCCCGCGGUGUUCCUGGCGGGCGACGCGGCGCACCGCUUCCCCCCGGCGGGCGGCUUCGGAAUGAACACGGGGGUGCAGGACGCUGGCAACCUGGCCUGGAAGCUGGCGGCGGUGUUGCACGGGCUGGCGGCGCCGCAGCUGCUCGACAGCUACCAGGCGGAGCGGCGCCCCGUGGCUCUGGCCAACACCGCCCUCUCAGUGCGCAACUGGGGCGAGGCGGCGCGCGUGCCGGCGGCGCUGGGGCUGGACCCGGCGCUGGCCAACGCUGUCAGCGGGGCCGUGGCGGCGGCGGCCCCGCUGCCCCAGUGGGCGCGCAAGGGCCUGCUGGAGGCGGCGCUGGACGCGGGGCGGCGGCUGGCGGUGGGGGUGGCGGCGGCGGGGGCGCCGGGGGCGCCGGGGGCGGCAGGGGCGCUGCCCGGGCUGUCGCUGCUUGGGGCGUGGCGGGAGCAGCAGGUGGCGCGCAUACUCAGCUCCGGCUCCAGCCUGCGGCUGCAGUUCCCCGCCGAGGACCUGGGCUUCACGUACGACACCUCGCCCGGGGCAGCGGUGGUGACGACAUCAUCGGCUGUAGCAGGCAGCGGCAGCAGCAGCAGCGGAAGCAGUGCUGGCGGCGGCGGCAGUAGCAGUGGGGUGGGCGGCAGGGCGGCGCGGGUGGCGGCAGAGGCACGGCUGCCGCCACGCGGCGCGCCGUACAAUCCCUCCUCUGCCCCCGGGAGCCGCCUGCCGCACUGCUGGCUGCGGCUACAGCUACAGCCGCGGCUACAGCCGCCGUCGUCGUUCCAAGGUACUGCGAAGCAGGAUGAGAAGCUGGAGGUGAUGAAGGAGGGAGGGGUGGAGGUGAAGGGGGAGGAGAUGAAGGAGGCAGAGGUGGGGGUGAAGGGGGAGGAGGGGGAGGAGGGGGUGCUGCUGCUGUCCACGCUGGACGUGAUUGCCGACCCCUGGGUAGGCCCGCGCCUGCUACUGCUGGUUGACGACUUCGGCGAGCAGACCGGCAGUAGCAGCAGCAGCAGUGGCAGUAGCAGCAACCCCUGGCUGCGCGCAGCGGCGGCGGUUGCGGAGGAGCUGGCGGCAGCUGGCGGUGGCGAUGGCGGCGGCCGCGGAGGGGAGGUUCCGUUCGUGGUGGUGCAGGUGGCGACCACGCACGACCCCGAGCCCCAGCCCCGGCACGCCACAAACACAAACACACACGCGCACACGUACCCGCCCCGGGAGCCCCGACCCCUGGACGGCGGCCCCCCGUACGGCAGCCCCGAGCGCGCGUACGGCACCAUCGAGCCACCGGCGGGCGGCGUGCUGGCACGGGCGGCUACAACCUUGCCCGCACCUGCUACAGCCUCGCCCACGCCUGCUAUAGCCACCGCCGCUUCCGUGUCUGCCAGGCAGCAGCUGCUGCAGCCGCUGUUGGUGGUGCGGGGCGUGGCGGAGGCGGAGUCGGGCGGGUGGCGGCGGGCGAUGGGCGUGCCGCGUGGCAGCUGCCUGCUGGUACGGCCGGACGGCCACGUGGCGUGGCGGCACCUGGGACCCCCCAAGGUCCGGCCGAUGUCCCCCGGCCAGUCGGGGGCCGGCGCGGCGGUGGGCGAGGCGGGGCGCGGCGAGGCGGCGGUCGCGGCGGCGGCGGCGCAGCUGCGGGCCGUGCUGGGGGCACUGCACUUCGCAUGAUAAUGACGAGUGUUGCGGAACUAAUGCGUACGCAGACCAGAGCGGAAGGCGGAGUGGGCUUGCAGGCGGCACGAGAGUGGGCAGUCAGUAGCGCAAGUUGCAUGAUGUGGCGUGUUUGGGGUUGACUGCCACUUUGCGUGACGUGGUGUAUUGGGUUUUGAUGUUUGGUGUUCAGACAUGCAAGACAGCCGUACAUGCCAAGGAUGCAGCCGUGAUUGCAGCGCUGUAGCCGUGAUUGAUUGCGGUGGCGACUUUGUUUAAUAGACGCUGCGAGGCCUUGAUGGAGUGCGGCUGUGGUUCAUCACGGUGUCUGAAUAGAUAGGCCGAUAGCUAGAUAGCCGCGGUGCUGAAGCACUCCUGGUGACCGUGGGACCGUGGACGGUGGCGUGAUGCUGAUCGGCAACGAGUUGCCGAGCCGGCAUCUUCCAUAUAGGAGAUCCGAGGUCCGAACGGCACGUGGGUCCGCACUGACCGCACACGAAGGUUCGCUCGCUAGCACAGGGGUCAGAUGCGGUGCACAGCUGACAGUCGCUCGCCAGCACAGGGGUCAGAUGCGGUGCACUGGUGCAGCACACUGCACAGCAGUUUGCAGUCGCUCACUGCGGAUCAGCGGAUGCGGAUGCCAAUCAAGCUGUAAACGCAAUGGCUGGGCUGGGCUAUAGUGUACAGCAUUGCAAUGGAACUGCUGGGCUCGGGCGUUCGGUGUGAUGAGCGAUGCGUGCGUACCGUGCGCGCAGGUGUGGGACGGGCGCGAAGCAUGUAAUUGGACAUUUGG